AUGGUGUUUGGGGGGGGGGGGGACUUCAAUGUGGUGCGAAGAGUGGGGGAGAAGUUGAAUAGUAGUUCAUGUACUAAGAAUAUAAAAGUUUUCGAUGAGUUGAUUCGGGAAAUGAGAUUGAUUGAUCUUAAUCUAAAUAAUGGGAGGUUCACAUGGUCUAAUUUUAGAGCUACCCCUAUUUGCAGUAGGUUGGAUAGAUUCCUUUUCACUUACAAAUGGAAUGGAUUAUUUCCAUUUGUGCGCCAAGAAAUGUUGGUGAGAUUAGUUUCAGACCAUAACCCAGUUGUUAUUGAUUCUAAUCCUCCUAAAUGGGGACCUGGCCUGUUUCGCUUCGAUAAUCUUUGGUUGGAACACAACUCAUUCUCUAAGCUCCUUGAAGGUUGGUGGAAAAAUGCAAGUGCAAUUGGCUGGCCAGGUACUAAACUUAUGUGCAAGCUGAAAAAAGUGCAAAAAAAUAUCAAGGAAUGGAGUAAGUCGGUUUAUGGAAACAACAAGGUGGCCGAAAAUGCUUUAGAAAGACGAAUAUUGGCAUUGGAUAAAAUAGAAGGGAUUAAUUUUCUGGAUCCAUCUCUUGCAGAGGAUAGGAGAAAUCUCAAAAGGGAGUGGCAGCGGUAUGUAUUUGAAGAAGAAAGAAGUCUAUGGUUGAAAUCGAAAUGGUGGGGAGUUGAAGGCAUUGAGUGGCAACAAAUCUCAGAAUCAUUAGCUACAGAUUUAGAAAGACCUUUUGAAGAAGAUGAAAUAAAAGAAGCCAUUUUCAAAUGUGAAGAAAAACUUAAUAGUUGUAUGGUUAAAGAUUUCAGGCCUAUCAGUCUUACAACAAGUGUCUACAAGAUCAUAGCUAAAGUUCUAGCUGCAAGACUUCGAGGUGUAUUGGGGGAAACGAUUUUGGUGACACAAUCGGCCUUUGUAGAAGGGCGGCAAAUUUUGGAUUUUGUUCUGGUGGCUAAUGAGGCAGUGGAAGAUUAUCGAUGUCACGAUAAGAGUGGAAUAAGGGGAAACUUCAAAGGAUCUCGGGGCCUUAGACAAGGUGAUCCACUUUCACCUUUUCUCUUUACGCUAGUGGUAGAUGUACUUGGAAGGAUGAUUGACCAAGCUAUGAAUUCAAGAAUUUUCUCGGAGUUUUUAGUGGGCAAAGAUAAGGUUCACGUCAACCAUCUACGAUUCGCGAAUGAUACGCUUCUUUUUGCAAAUGAUGAGGCCUCACUCCAAAUACUGACAAGAAUUGUAGGGGCAUUUUGUGCUGUCUUAGGAUUAAAAGUAAACAUGAAUAAAAGCCAAGUGCUGGGGAUCUCUAUGUAUGAGAGUGUGGUUGCUUUGUGCGCUAGUCAGAUUGGUUGUGAAGUGGGGAAUUGGCCUACGUCAUAUCUUGGAAUCCCUUUAGGUGGCUCGCCCAGGAAAAAGUUGUUUUGGGCACCUGUCUUGGAAAAAUGUGCUAAAAAGCUUAAUGGGUGGAAAGCAUCAUUUUUAUCUAGGGGUGGUAGACUUACCCUGGUUUAA